GUGAUGGAAUAUGUGAGCAAACCCAAGGGGUCCCUUAGGAAUACGGUGAGCUACAACAUGAGUAUUGGAAGCUGCUCACGCGCGGCUGCAUGGCUGCGAGCUCUUCAUCUCUUCGAAGAGGCUCCAGAUGCAACUGCGGUCACCUAUGGUUCGCUCACACAUUGCGGAUGGCAGCGGGCACUGAUGCUUUUAGGGGAGGCGCUAGAGAUGCGAGUUGACAGUCUGGUGACUUUCAACUCUUGCAUCAGCGCAUGUGAGGCCGCAUCCGAAUGGCCACUGGCACUAUGGCUGCUCCGGGAGGUUGUCGAGUCGGGGACGUCUCCAGAUGUCAUCAUCAUCAACGCUGCAAUUAGUGCAUGUGAAGCUUCAUCGCAAUGGCUGGAAUCUCUGGCUUUACUACGUGACCUUGUGGAGAUGGCUGUUCAAGCCACGUUGAUAAGCUACAAUUCUAGCAUCAGCGCCUGCAGCAAAGCCUCAAAAUGGGAGGAAGUGAUGUUUCUCCUUACCGACCUCGUCCAAAAGGAGGUGCGGCCAGACACCAUCACCUACAACUCAGCAAUGAACGCCUGUCGAAGUCUGGAGAAUUGGCAAAUGGCCUUGGCAUUGCUGAGGGCCUUCGAUGCCAAGCACUUGCAGACGGACACAGUGUCCUACACAGUGGCCAUGACGGUGUGCGAGAGGGCUGCUGAGUGGCGCGUCGCCUGCCAGCUGCUCCGAGAGAUGGAUUCGCUCCAGCUGGAAGCCAAUGAACUGACGUGCAAUGCUGUCAUAAGCAGUUGCGAGAAAGCAGCAAUGUGGCAACAAGCGUUGCUGCUUUUGGAAGAUGCAACGAUGCGAAGAUUGACAGAUGUCAUCACCUUCAAUGCCGCGAUCAGCGCAUGCAGCGGUGAAUGGGCCGUUGCGAUGUAUCUUUUGCGCGAGAUCAGCAGAGCAAGGCUUCAGGCCAAUGUGAUCUCUUACACCUCUUGCAUCAGCACCUUUGAACGAGCAUCGCUGCCAUGGCAGAUGGCUUUGGAACUGCUACAAGAGAUGUUUCGUCUCAAACUUCGACCAAGCAUUGUGAGCUUCAAUUCGGCCAUCAGUGUUUGUGAAAAAGCCGUGCAGUGGACCUCAGCUUUUGCACUCUUUCACCUAUGUGAUCACCUGGAAGUGACGCCUGAUGUGAUCACCUACAAUGCUGUCCUGAGCGCAUGUCAGAAGUCUGCCCAGUGGCAGCGUGCCCUGAAUCUCUUUGGAGAAGCUCAUGAUCAACGGAUCCAGCCGACCAUCAUUACAUGUAAUGCUGCCAUCAGUGCAUGUGAAGAGUUUGGCCGAUGGGCAGAGGCGUUGCAUCUACUUUCAGUUGCAGAGUCCAUGGAUGUUGUCACGUUCAACGCUGCCAUCGCUGCAUGUGGAAAAGCCUCCCGUUGGCGUCAUGCACUCCAACUCUUUUUCCAGGCCUCUGCGAUAGCAAGCGGCCAGACGGGCACUACGGUGACCGCGAUGACCUCUGUAGCAAUUGCAUCAGCAACAGCCCAGCAGUGGAAACUGGUGAUGCAACUGCUGGAGGAAGCCAUCCUUUUCAGGAAACUGCGAGUCAAUGCCAUUGCUUUUGGAGCGCUGUUGCAAAGUUAUGAAGUUGCCCAGCGAAGCAAGGGUAUUGACCGUGUUUUUAGGACCUUGGAGAAGGAUACGCUUGACCAAUUUCAGUAUUUUCGAGGAAAAGUCGGGAUGAAAAGAG